UUGCAUUAUCUUCCUUUGCCCUUCCCCUGAACGCCUAUGCGGACAUUCUGCACCCAAGCCGUUUAAUCGGCGUUGUACAAUGACGGUGGGGGAAAAACAUGAUGUCCUCGCCGCGUUUACGUGUAACACGGCCGCCUGGUUUCCGAUUUCUUGUUGUGAAUUUCCAUCUGUAUUUUCACUGCGUGCCUCCAGCCGUAGCGUGUAAACACAUUUACCAUAUGGCAUUUAGUUUUCUGCAAUUCGUCCUUAUUUAAGGCGCCUAUGUGUCUCAGGAUCGGAAUUACGGAGGUGUGAAUUGAGGCCGUGAAACCCAGAGAAUUGCUUAAGCAAGCAAGCAAAAAAAAACAAGACUGGACUGUUUAAGAGCAGGCCUGAUGGAGGAUACAGGAACUGAGUUAACUUCAUCUGAACCAGAUGCUCUUGGUGCAGACUUUAUCACAGUGGAACUCGAUACCCAGCCCAUUGAGUAUGUGGUCAAGUGGGCCGAGGUUGGCUCUAAAUUUACUCUCUCCUGCGUGAAAAGGGAAUCGGACGAAAGCUUCCCACCUGACCAGCUGGUUAAAAACGAGUCGGAGGAGAGGUUCUUUGUCCCGUACGAGGCCGUGUACGCAGAUUGCGAGGACACAGAAACCGGCCUGAUCGCCUCACAGGAGGAGGAAGUAAGGAGCGUCUCGGAUGUAGACGAACACACGGUGCUUGUGAGCACCCAGCUCGGGGAGGAAGAAGAAGAAGUAGAAGACGAUGGCUCGGACAGCGAUUGGGAUAAAGGGGGCUCUCAUUCAAGAAAUAGGCCGUACAACUGCCACAUCUGUGGCAAGAGCUACAGCCACUCGUCCAGCCUGGCUCGCCAUCUGCAUCUACACUCUACAGGUGACCAUUUGACCAAUUCCACCUCACCUCUGUCUAAAGUGAGUGUCAAGUCAGAAGACGGAAAAAAGCUCCUCCAGUGCAACUUAUGUGGCGUGCGAUGCAAUGGCAAGCGGCUCCUGGCAAUCCAUAAGAAGUGCCACAAAAUCAAGAGACUGCAUACGUGCAAUGCAUGCGGCAAGUCGUUCAACCACAGCUCGAGCCUCUCGCGCCACAGGCUGAUUCAUAAAAAGGGCCUGGACAAAAAGCUGAAGCCUCUAUACACGACGCCCACAUCGGUGCCCAUUGUAACCCAUCAGAAUCGCCCGUCUGGUCGUGGGUCAAAGAAGAAGAAGUCGCAGCAAACGGAAAGCAAAUAUUCCAUGGGUGAGAAGCAGUACCAGUGCACACAAUGCGACAUGGUGUUCAGCACAUCCACCAACUUGUCCAAGCACCAAGUGUCUCAUGUGCGUCAGCUGCUCAAUUCCUAUGCCCAGGGCAGAGACACACUGGACAAGUCCUCGGACCUGAAAAUCCGCCUAAAGCUCUGUUCGCGUGACAAACCCAAUUACUACACGCUGUGCAAGAAGAACAAACGCCGCAAAGGUGGCAAGAAAAGGCUGCCGUUAGUCGACGACGAUCCGCCGUAUACAGGUUGCGGCGUCGCCCUCGCCAAGUUCGAGCAGCCGCACGUUGGCGACCGGCGCUACACCUGCAACGUGUGCAAGAAGACCUUUGUGCGAUUGUCCAACCUGAAGCAGCACCAGCAGACGCAUGCCUCUGGCAAGCUCUACGAGUGCCAGCAUUGUGGGAAGACCUUUGUUCACUCAUCUAGCUUCUCGCGCCACAAGAAGGUCCACUCUGGGUUAAAGCAGGCACCUAAACAAUGUAAACGAGAGAUGAUCGACGAGAGCGCACCUCUGGAGUCUGAGUCCGACUGAGAGGCCCUCAUGUUCCAGGACUGUCCAAGCACAGCUUAUGGAAAAGUCCUUUCGAUUUGUUUCUUUUUUUGUUUGUUUGUUUCUUUUUUUUUUUUUUUUUUUUCCCUUUCCCCUCCUUUUUUUAACUUUUUUUUUUUUCUCCAAAAUGUUUCUUAUUUUGUUAAAGGACAGAUAAUUUGGCAUUGCUCUCAUUGUGAAGUGGGUGUGAUGUCGCUGGCUGUGUUGUCAGCAAUAGGCAUCAAAAUACAAUUCAUUUCUUUUUCAUUUCAUUUAAUUUUUUUUUUUUUUGGUGGGGUGUUACUAGAGGAUGUCCAGGCCAUCUUUGGCAGUGUAAAGUAAAAGAUUUGUACAUUUUUGUUGACAUUCCCUUUUUGGACACGUUUAGGGACAGUUAAUUUAAUGGCAGAGCAAUAGAUUUGCUGGUUCUGUAGUUAUUUAUGUCUACCUUCUUAUUUGUAGUCAUUCAUAACAAAACAGUUGACAUUAGAACUGCAGGUGUUGAACAUUUCGGACACUUGCACUAAACACACCUGAAAAACAAAGUGAAGUACUUAAUAGAAAAAGUGUUUGGUUAAUAAUGGUAAAUAAUAAUUGGAUGUGAGGAUUGCUGUUAUUGGGUCUCUAGUAAUCUGUGUGGCUAGCAGCUCACUAAAAGACACGGAGCAGUUGAUUAAAAGGAUGGUUUUCAGGUAUGAUGUCUAGACAAAAAUUCAAUGAUUGGACAUUUUUUUUUGACCAGAGAUCCUGUUCGCCUCUCCUCUCUACUUAGAGCAACAAAUAGAAUCAUCAAAUCUCUUCAUAUUUUCACUUCUCUUUUGGCAAAUGGUUUUUAUUAAAAAAAAAAGCAACAAAAAAAUGAUACAUACCCUCAGUGACUUGUAUUCGUUGGUUCAAAUUUGAAUGUUGACUUAAUAUUUGGAGAACUGGUUGUGUGUUCUGAGCUGCCAAGUAGACAAGCCUUCUUGAAAGAAUUAUUAUUUUUUUCCUCCAUGUUUGACAAAUCAGAUUUGGAGUCAGAAUUUGCUCUGCACAGUGCUUGGUUCUCUAGUACUGUUCUUCCUUCGUCUGAUUGAUUAAAGCGUGAACGUUUCUUAAA